CAAUGAUCCGUAACGAGUACUCGGUUACGGAUGAAUGAAAACCAGGGUAUCUUUACGUUGCAACAAGUUCUUUUCUCCUCCCAUGGAAACUUGGGUUUCCACAUGCCGCCCUCAUUCUCUUUAUUGCACGUACAAACAACACCUUAUACCCCCAGAUAAGAAAGAAGUUUUUGUGUAAGGCCUAUCGAAUAGACGGCGAUAGGUCCGUCAGCUGUUAUUGCGAUAGCAAAACAGAAGGAAAAAACAAAAACGAAGCGGAAAGAGAGGAUGAGCUCACUGCAGACAUCAGAAUAACCAUGGCCGACACCUGCGCGUCUGACUACGAUAGCUUUGUGGUCUACGACUGCGACAUCGGCACGGACGAUGCCUGGGGCCUGGCAAUGCUUCUGCGCGCAGAGGGCCUCCGCAUCGCUGGGAGGAAGAGCUUCAAGGUGGCAGCCGUCACCUGUGUCCAGGGCAACACCAGUGUAGAGAAUGGCACAUUGAACGCCUUCCGAGUGCUCUCCACAUUGGAAAGGCUGGAUGUGCCCGUCUUUGAGGGGUGCGCCGAUCCGAUUGUGCCACGGACUUGGGUAAUUAAAUCCCACUUCCAUGGCCUGGAUGGCCUCAGCGAUGUGGGCGACUAUCCAACCGUGAAUGCCGACGAUCUACGGUCGGAGGAGCAUGCGGUGAAUGCCAUGUAUCGCCUGGCCUGCCAGCACCCGGGAAAAGUGGACUUUCUGCUGUGUGGCCCACUCACAAACUUCGCCUGCUGCAUUAAUUUAUAUGGCGAUAAGUUUCUGGACAAGCUGGGCGGCGUCUACAUCAUGGGCGGCAACAUCCUGGGCAAGGGAAACGUCACCAAGAGCGCGGAGUUCAACUUCAUGAUGGACCAGGAGGCAGCGCACAUUGUCCUCGAGUGUCUGAAGCAACCCGCUUUGAUCUUGCCAUGGGAGCCCUGCAUCGAUGGCGAAUUCGGGUUGACUCUGGACUGGCGACUCAAUGUCCUGGGAGCGGUCAAGCAUCCGUUUGUUGAGCUCCUCACCCGCGUGGAGAGAGCCAUGUUGGUGCCGCGGGGCUUUCAGAAGUGGGUCAGCUGCGAUGCCCUGCUCACGGCCGCCUAUCUCUUCCCUCAGCAGAUGAUCGCCGAUGAGCGCGAGUACUAUGCCACCGUGGAGCUGUGCGGCGUCCAUACCCGGGGUCAAAUGGUGCUAGAUCAUCUGAGGGGCAGAUAUGUAGAUGCCAUCCAUGGCAAGACGAAGAAUGUUCGCGUGAUCCGGCGCCUCAAUGCAGAGCCCUUCCGCACAAUCAUUUCCUAUACGGGUUUCCUGCCCCAAGCGGACAUUGAUAUGGAAAAAUUGUGUAGGGAUGAGCAGCAGCAAUCCUAGAAAGGGAAUCCCCGUCCAAAGACAAAACUCGUGAGAUAAUUAACUACCAAAAAGAUUUGAAUCCUUGUUUUGAAUCUAUGUGUGUAUGUUUGCAUCAGUAAAUAAAUUGAAGCGGAAAGCUGAAAAAGCAUCAGGUCAAGGAAA